UCACUGUUUCCCACUUCAUGAUUUGUUACCCACACAUCAGCCCAAUCAUACUUCCACAGGACGCUCUCCCUCUCGCACCUCCCUCCCCUCCACCACCACCAACACCAACACCAACACCACCUUUUUUCUCUCGCUCUCACUCUCUGUGCGGCUCAAUUGCCGAUCGAUAAAGGCAGCAUUCAGAUAGUAGGUUAGACUCUCCUCCGCCGGGUUCCAGGAUCACAGGGGGGAAGAUGUUGGACGGCGGAUGCGGGAGCGCGCCAACACAGACCCUCACACUUGAUGCCCCUCUCAGCAAAGAUGGUUGAGCCCUGGUCCAGGUUGCUGUGGUCCUCUCCUAAAAUCCAGUCCUUCUCACUUCUCUGCUAUCAGCUGACACAGCGCGGCGGGCGGCUCUGCCUGUUUCUGCUCUGAGAAGGGAAUCUACUUCCAACCCGCACAGAAAGAGAAGCAAAUUAGGCGCUAGGUUGCAUGUUGUAGUUGUGAACAUGAAGGGGAUUUACAGGGACGGAUACUACGACGGAUCUAUUGAACUACGGGACGUUUUCAACAGGAGAUGCGUUAAAUGUGGCCGGAGGGACUUUGUUCAAGCCAAAACGAUGCGGAUUAGGACGGGAAUUGUUUUUUGGAAUCUCAUCUUUUCACUGAUGUUCACUUCUGUGAAAGGUUUUAUCCACACUUGUGGAGGCACUUUAAAAGGGAGGAAUGGGACGAUAGAAAGCCCAGGGUUUCCAUAUGGAUAUCCAAAUGGAGCGAACUGUACCUGGGUGAUUGUUGCAGAGGAGGGGACCAGGAUUCAUAUAGUUUUUCAAUCUUUCGCCGUGGAGGAGGAAUAUGACUUUUUAUCUUUGUAUGAUGGGCAUCCACACCCGGCUAACUUCAGGACGAGGUUAACAGGAUUUACCAUCCCUCCACCUGUAACCAGUUCUGGCUCCAUUUUUUCACUGAGGCUUACCAGUGACUUUGCAGUAAGCGCUCAUGGAUUUAAGGUAGCUUAUGAAGAGCUGAGAAGCAGCUCAUGUGGAAACCCAGGAGUUCCUCCCAAAGGCAUACUGAACGGAACUCAGUUCAACGUAGGUGACAAGAUCCGCUACCGUUGUGUCACUGGCUACGUCCUGGAUGGACAUUCACUCCUCACCUGUGUGAACAAUGCAGCUGGUGUGUCAGUGUGGGACUUUCCUGUGCCAAUCUGCAGAGCGGAGGACACGUGCGGUGGCACCCUAAGAGGCUCCAGCGGGCUCAUCUCCAGCUUUGAUUUUCCCAGCGGUGACUCCCCUGGUAAUGGCGGAGGCGCUGGAGGCCUGGGGAGCAGUGGGGAGUGUAAGUGGACCAUCCUGGCAGAUCCGGGGGACACCAUCUCUUUGGUGUUCACUGAAUUUCAGAUGGAGGAGAAGUCUGAUUUUCUGGAAAUAGAAGGAUCCGAACCGCCGACCAUCUGGCUAACUGGAAUGAAUAUUCCUGCACCCAUCAUCAGCAACAAAAACUGGCUGCGGCUGCAUUUUGUGACAGAGAGCAACCACCGCCACAAAGGCUUCAGGGCGCAGUAUCAAGUGAAAAGCUCUGGAGAGCUUAAAUCCAGAGGGGUAAAAUUAUUACCAGGAAAGGACAACACUAACAAACUGUCUUUGAUGAAUGAAGGAGGAAUCAAACAGGUGUCUAAUUACUGCCCUGACCCAGGAGAGCCAGAGAACGGCAAACGGACCGGCUCCGACUUCAGCAUCGGAGCAACUGCUCAAUUUACCUGCGAUGAAGAUCAUGUGCUGCAGGGUUCCAAAACGAUUACCUGCCAGCGCGUAGCCGAAGUGUUCGCUGCUUGGAGCGACCACAGACCUGUCUGCAAGGUGAAAACAUGUGGGUCGAAUCUGCAGGGACCCUCAGGGACUUUUACAUCCCCUAACUUCCCAAUCCAGUAUGAGAGUAACUCCCAGUGUGUGUGGAUCAUCACUGCCAGCGAUCCGAACAAGGUUAUUCAGAUCAACUUUGAAGAGUUCGACCUGGAAAUUGGGUAUGAUUCUCUGACCAUUGGAGAUGGAGGGGAAGUAGGCGACUCUAAAACAAUAAUCCAAGUGCUGACUGGCAGCUUUGUCCCAGACCUGAUUGUCAGCAUGUCCCAUCAGAUGUGGCUUCAUCUCCAGUCUGAUGAGAGUGUGGGCUCAAUUGGCUUCAAGAUCAACUAUAAAGAAAUUGACAAAGAGAGUUGCGGUGACCCUGGAACCCCUCUGUAUGGCUACCAGGAGGGCAGUGGUUUUUUAAAUGGCGAUGUUUUGCGCUUUGAGUGCCAGUUUGGAUUUGAGCUCAUUGGGGAGAGGAUGAUAACCUGCCAGAACAACAAUCAGUGGUCAGCUAAUAUCCCCAUCUGCAUAUUCCCCUGUUUCUCCAACUUCACUGCACCCAUGGGGACGGUGUUGUCUCCUGAUUACCCAGAAGGAUACGGGAACAACCUCAACUGUGUGUGGCUGAUUAUCUCUGAGCCAGGCUCCAGGAUACAUCUGGCCUUCAAUGACUUUGACUUGGAGCCUCCGUAUGACUUUCUGACUAUCAAAGACGGAGAUCAGUCUGGAGCCACAAUACUUGGACGCUUCUCCGGAGCAGAAGUUCCCUCCCACCUGACAUCCAACAGCAACGUUCUGCAGCUGGAGUUUCAGGCUGAUCACUCCAUGUCUGGGCGAGGGUUCAAUAUUACAUAUAGUACUUUUGGACGUAAUGAGUGCCCUGACCCUGGCAUACCGUUGAAUGCUCGGCGCUUUGGGGACAGUUUCCAGCUGGGGAGCAUCAUCUCGGUGGUCUGUGAGGAGGGCUUCAUCAAGACUCAGGGGGCUGACACCAUCACAUGCCAUCUGGAGGAAGGCAAGGUGAUGUGGAGCGGACUCAUCCCCAAAUGUGAAGCUCCUUGUGGGGGACACUACUCAGGGCCGUCUGGUGUCAUCCUCUCCCCCGGGUGGCCCGGCUACUACAAAGACUCCCUGAGUUGUGAGUGGGUCAUCGAGGCCGAGGCGGGACGCUCCAUCAAGAUUAGCUUUGACAGGUUUCAAACUGAGCUCAGUUAUGACUUUCUGGAAGUACAUGAUGGUCCCAAUCUGCUCUCUCCUCUGAUUGGCUCAUUUAAUGGAACCCAAGUACCACAGUUCCUGUUUAGCAGCAGUAACUUCCUGUAUCUGCUGUUUACCACCGAUAACAGUCGAUCAAACAGUGGUUUCAAGAUCUUCUACGAAGUGGUCACAUUGGACACCUACUCCUGCAUGGAUCCUGGCAUCCCAGUGAAUGGUGUACGGUUGAGCCACGACCUGUCCAUCGGCUCCACUAUUUCCUUCCAGUGUGACCCAGGAUAUAGACUGAGCCACGAGGAACCGCUAGUCUGUGAGAAGAACCACUUUUGGAGCCAUGCACUGCCCACAUGUGAUGCAUCAUGUGGCGGGGAUAUCAGGGGACCUGGAGGGAUCAUCUUAUCACCUGGAUACCCUGAGUUGUAUCCCAACUCUCUGAACUGUACCUGGACUGUAGAAGUCAGCCAUGGAAAAGGUGUCCAGUUCACGUUUCACUCCUUCCACCUCGAGGAUCAUCAUGACUACCUUCUGAUAACAGAAAACGGCAGCUUCGCUCAGCCACUGGCUCGACUCACCGGCUCAGAGAGGCCGGCGCCGGUUAAUGCCGGCCUGUAUGGGAACUUCAAGGCCCAGCUACGCUUCAUUUCUGACUUUUCCAUUUCACUCCAGGGAUUCAACAUCUCCUUCUCGGAGUACAAUCUCGAGCCCUGUCAGGAUCCAGGAACGCCUCGGUUCGGAUGGCACACGGGCUCCAAGUUUGGCAUUGGUGACUCGCUGGCAUUCUACUGCAACACUGGCUACCGUCUGCAGGGGGCGAGGGAGAUCGUAUGCUUGGGAGGUGGCCGCCGCAUGUGGAGUGCCCCUCUGCCAAGGUGUGUGGCGGAGUGUGGAUCGACAGUCUCCAACAAUGAGGGAGUUCUUUUGUCUCCAAACUAUCCAAUGAACUACGACAACAGCCACGAGUGUGUGUACAGCAUCCAGGUCCAAACAGGCAAAGGCAUUAAUAUCACCGCCGACACCUUUCAACUGGCACAAGGUGACAUUCUCAAGCUGUAUGAUGGUAAGGAUGGUGCAGCUCCACUCCUUGGCACCUACACCGGCACCUUGAUGCAAGGUCUGUCCCUCACCAGCACUUCCAACUAUCUGUGGCUGGAAUUCUACUCUGACGAAGAGACGACUGCAGCGGGGUUCCGGCUCAUAUACCACAGUUUCGAGCUGUCCCACUGCGAUGAUCCAGGUGUGCCACAGUUUGGCUUCAAAAUCAGUGACCAGGGUCACUUUGCUGGAAGCGCCAUCAUGUUUGACUGUGACCAGGGUUACACUCUGCAUGGCAGCGGCAUACUGAAGUGCAUGACUGGUGAGAGAAGAGCCUGGGACAACCACCUGCCGUCAUGUAUAGCUGAGUGUGGUGGCAGCUUUAAGGGUGAGUCAACUGGGCGGAUCCUGUCUCCUGGAUAUCCUUUCCCAUAUGACAACAACCUGAGAUGCACCUGGACAAUUGAGGUGAACUCUGGGAACAUCGUCAGUCUCCAGUUUCUUGCAUUCGACACAGAAGCAUCUCACGACAUCCUGAAGGUCUGGGAUGGGCCUCCAGAGAACGAGAUGUCUCUGAAGGAGGUUAGCGGCUCGCUGCUGCCUGAAGGAAUCCACUCCACUCUAAAUGUAGUCACUAUUCAGUUUGAGACUGACUUCUACAUUACCAAGUCUGGGUUUGCUAUUGACUUCUCAAGUUCACUUGCGACAGCCUGCAGAGAUCCAGGUAUUCCCAUGAAUGGCAGUCGCAACGGAGAAGGGCGGGAGCCCGGCGACUCUGUGACCUUCUCUUGUGAUCCGGGAUAUGAAUUGCAGGGAGAGAGCAGAAUCACCUGCAUCCAAGUGGAAAAUAGAUACUACUGGCAACCCAGCCCUCCAAGCUGCAUUGCUCCAUGUGGUGGCAACGUGACUGGGUCUUCUGGAUUCAUUCUCUCUCCUAACUACCCACAUCCCUACCCACACAGCAAAGACUGUGACUGGCUCAUUGCAGUUCACUCGGACUAUGUCAUUUCCUUGGCUUUCAUCAGCUUCAGUAUUGAGCCCAACUAUGAUUUCUUGUACAUCUAUGAUGGACCAGACAGCAGCGCUCAUCUGAUUGGCAGUUUUCAAGACAGUAAACUUCCGGAGAAGAUCGAGAGCACUUCCAACUUCAUGUAUUUGGCAUUUCGUAGCGAUGGCUCUGUGAGCUACACUGGAUUUCAUUUGGAAUACAAAGCAAAACUGCGGGAGGCGUGUUUUGAUCCGGGGAAUGUGAUGAAUGGCACUAGAAUGGGUACUGACUACAAGCUGGGAUCUAUGGUGACAUUUCAUUGCGAGGCCGGCUACCUGCUGCAGGGCUAUUCUACUCUGACAUGUGUCAUGGGCAACAGCAAGAGACCAGAGUGGGACAGAGCCAAACCAAGCUGUCAAGCUCCCUGCGGAGGCCACUUCACAGGUUCAGAGGGAACUGUGCUGUCCCCAAACUACCCGCAUAAUUACACCCGAGGCCAGAGCUGUGUCUACGACAUCUUUGUCCCCGGAGACUUUGUGCUCUUCGGUCAGUUCGUGGUGUUUCAGACUUUGAACACUGAUGUGGUCGAGAUCUACGAUGGAUCCUCAACAGAUUCAGCUCUUCUCUCCUCCAUUUAUGGAUCACACUCAGGCGAGACCCUUCCCUUGAGUUCAGGGAACAAGAUAACGCUCAAGUUUACCACAAAUGGAACAGAAACAGCCAAAGGAUUUCAUUUUGUUUAUCAAGCUGUCCCCCGGACAAGCGCCACUCAGUGUAGCUCGGUCCCUGAGCCCCGGUUUGGGAAGCGGAUAGGGAAUGACUUUGGCAUCAGCAUGGCAGUACUGUUUGAAUGCAAUCCAGGCUACACGCUGCACGGCUCCAGCGCCAUCAGGUGCGAGGCCGUGCCCAAUGCCCUGGCCCAGUGGAACGGCACUGUGCCCACAUGUGUUGUUCCCUGUGGUGGAGUGUUAACCGACCGCAGAGGAACCAUCCUCUCUCCUGGAUACCCAGAACCUUAUGCCAACUAUCUGAACUGUGCUUGGAAAAUCUCUGUUCCUGAGGGAGCCGGCAUCCAAAUUCAAGUUGUGACCUUCGCCACAGAACACAACUGGGAUUCGCUGGAUUUUUUUGACGGGGUUGAUGGCAAUGCUCCAAGGCUCGGUAGCUACUCAGGUACAACAAUUCCCCAACUGCUGAACAGCACAUCCAACAACUUGUAUCUGACCUUCCAGUCUGACAUCAGUGUGUCAGCCGCUGGCUUCCACUUGGAGUACACAGCAAUAGGUUUGGAUUCGUGCCCAGAGCCGCUGCCUCCCAGUAACGGCCAGAGAGUGGGCGACCGUUACACUGUGGGUGACAUGGUUUCCUUCCAGUGUGAUCAAGGAUUUUCAUUGCAGGGUAAUGCAUAUAUUACCUGCAUGCCUGGCCCCGUCAGAAGGUGGAAUUACCCCGUACCUCUGUGUUUAGCUCAGUGUGGAGGCUCUAUGACAGAUUUCAGCGGCGUCAUCCUCAGCCCAGGCUUUCCAGGGAAUUACCAAAGCAGCCUGGACUGCAGCUGGAGAGUUGAACUCCCUAUUGGCUUCGGGAUCCAUCUGCAGUUUCUGAACUUCUCCACAGAGCCUGUUCAUGACUAUUUAGAGGUGCGCAGUGGGACCCUUGAAACAGGAACAGUGAUUGAUCGGUUCAGUGGCCCUGUGGUGCCCAACUCUCUCUUUAGCACCACCCACGAGACCACCCUCUUCUUCCAUAGCGACUACUCCCAGAACAAGCCUGGCUUCCACAUUGUCUACCAGGCGUACGAGCUUCAGAGGUGUCCAGACCCACGACCGUUUCGUAACGGCAUUGUGAUCGGUCAGGACUUCAGCGUGGGAAUGACAAUUUCCUUUGAGUGCCUGGCAGGUUACACUCUUCUCGGAGAACCUUCUCUCACAUGUCUGCAUGGAGUCAGCAGAAACUGGAAUCAUCCCAUUCCUCGCUGUGAAGCUCUCUGUGGUGGGAAUAUAACAUCCAUGAACGGCACAAUUUACUCUCCUGGACACCCAGCUGAGUAUCCACACUUCCAGGACUGCAUGUGGACUGUCAGAGUGCCUCCUGGGUAUGGCAUCUACAUAAAUUUCUCUGUUAUCAAUACAGAGCCAAUCUACGAUUACAUCACUGUGUGGGACGGACCUGACCAGACCUCGCCUCAGAUCGGUCAGUUUAGUGGCAACUCUGUCCAGGAUGGCGUUUCUACCACCGCCAACCAGAUCCUCAUCAAAUUCCACAGUGACUUCAGCACCAGUGGCUUCUUUGAGCUGCAUUAUUAUGCUUACCAGCUGAGAACAUGCCAGCCACCCCCUCCUGUUGCCAACGCUACCAUCCUAACCGAUGAUGACGAGUUUGAAAUAGGGGACAUUAUUCGGUACUCGUGCUUGCCAGGCUUCACCUUGGUGGGCAGUGAGAUUCUGACCUGCCGACUUGGAGAGAGGCUACAGAUGGAUGGACCACCGCCAGUCUGUCAAGUUCAAUGUCCAGCCCAUGAGGUGCGUUUCGACUCGACAGGGGUGAUCUUAAGUCCAGGCUACCCUGAAAACUACCCCAAUCUCCAGAUGUGCUCCUGGCUGAUCAAUGUGGAGAAGGGUUACAACGUCACUCUGCACUUUGAGCUCUUUCAGACAGAAAAAGAGUUUGACAUCCUGGAAAUAUUUGACGGUCCUAACAUCUACAGUCAGAGCCUUUCAUCCCUCAGUGGUGACAUUGAGACACCCUUCAGUCUGACCACCACAGGCCACCAGCUCCUGCUGCGCUGGUCCUCUGACCACGGCACCAACCGCCGCGGCUUCCACAUCAGAUAUGUGGGUGAGUAUCAAACGAUGUACUGCAGUACUCCAGACUCUCCACAACACGGCUUUGUGGUGAGCCAGACUGGGGGUCAUCUGAACAGCAUGGUGCGCUGGGCCUGCGACAGGGGGUACAAACUGAUCGGAAAGGGCACAGCUGUGUGCAAGAAGACCACCUAUGGCUACUACGCCUGGGAUGCGCCAGUACCUGCGUGUCAAGCUGUGUCAUGCGGUGUGCCCAGUGCACCAGCGAACGGAGGUGUGCUCGCUGCUGAUUACUCUGUCGGCACACGGGUGACCUACUUCUGCAACAGCGGCUACCGGCUCUCCUCCAAAGAGCUGACGACCACAGUCUGCCAGCCAGACGGCACCUGGAGCAAUCACAACAAGAUACCCCGAUGCAUCGUGAUGAUGUGCCCAAGUCUCAGCUCCUUCACUCUGGACCAUGGAAAAUGGAGGAUAGUCAAUGGUUCGCAUUAUGAGUAUGGAACUAAAAUAAUAUUCACCUGCAACCCCGGAUACUAUCGCGUUGGCCCCGCCCACAUCCAGUGUCUAGCCAAUGGAGCGUGGAGCUGGAGAAACGAGAGACCUCGAUGUAGAAUCAUUUCCUGUGGCAAUCUUCCCACUCCUCCUAAUGGGAAGAAAAUUGGGACCCAAACUACCUUUGGAGCGUCAGCCAUUUUCAGCUGCAACCUUGGCUAUGUUUUAACGGGUUCCACUGUUCGAGAGUGUCUCCUCUCUGGCCUUUGGAGUGGGAUGGAGACUCAGUGCCUGGCCGGCCACUGUGGCAUCCCAGAGCAGAUCGUCAAUGGGCAAGUGAUCGGAGAAAACUUUGGUUACAGAGACACGGUGGUUUAUCAGUGCAACCCUGGAUUCAGACUCAUCGGCUCCUCAGUACGGAUCUGCCAGCAGGACCACAACUGGUCCGGACACCUCCCAGUCUGUAUCUCUGUCACAUGUGGCCACCCUGGUAGCCCUAUCUAUGGCCGCACCACAGGCGAUGGCUUCAACUACAAUGAUGUGGUUCGAUUCUCCUGCAACAAAGGCUACACCCUGGAAGGACCAUCCACCGCGCAGUGCCAGGCUAACCGCCAGUGGAGCCAGCAGCCGCCAACAUGCAGAGUGGUUAACUGUACAGAUCCAGGAAUUCCUGCCAACUCCAUCCGGGAGAGUAAGAUUGAACACGGUAACUUUACGUUCGGCAGCGUGGUCUUCUAUGACUGUAACCCUGGAUAUUACCUGUUCGGCUCUUCGGUGCUCACUUGCCAGCCGGUGGGCCACUGGGACAAACCUCUACCGGAAUGCAUCGAGGUGGACUGUGGCCACCCAGGUUCACCUCCCCACGGAGUGAUGAGUGGGGAGAAGUUUACCUUUGGCUCCACGGUGAGAUAUUCCUGCCUGGGAGACCGGCAGCUCAUUGGAGACUCAUCACUCACCUGCCAGCUGAAUGGACACUGGAGUGGUCCACUGCCCCACUGCUCAGGCGAUUCGACAGGCGCUUGUGGAGAUCCUGGUAUACCUGCCCAUGCCAGCAGGGAGGCAGGAAACUUUAAAGUGCGCAGCAAGGUGCGCUUCACCUGCACAGUGGGACACACACUGUAUGGCUCAGCAGAGAGGAUAUGCUUCCCCAAUGGGACCUGGUCAGGAAAACAGCCAUUCUGCAAACCGGUACAGUGUGGGAACCCAGGUACUCCUGCUCACGGCCGUAUUUCCCGUGUGGACGGCACAACCUUCUCCCACUCCAUUGUGUAUUCUUGUAUGGAAGGAUAUUUCCUCACAGGGUCGCCUACUCGCCAGUGUCUUGCAAAUGGCACAUGGUCUGGCUCAGCUCCAAACUGCACAAUGAUCACCUGUGGCGACCCUGGUAUCCCAGCGAAUGGGCUUAGAUUUGGUGAUGACAUCACAGUGGGCCAGAAUGUGUCGUUCAUGUGCCAGCCGGGUUAUGUCAUGAUCGGAGGCGACGCUGCUGUCAGCAGGACCUGCACCACCAAUGGAACCUGGAGUGGAACGAUGCCAGCAUGCCAAGGAUUUAAUCUCUACAUAACAUCCAGGACACAGUGAUUUCACCUACACCUGCAUCUGGAGCUGCACCUGUAUUGGCUCAGAGCCAAGGCUACAAGUUCCUCUGACACCCGAUGAUGGAUGUCAGAGGAACUGAAAUAAGAAGUCCUCUUCAGCACAACAAGGAUCCCUCUAAUUGUACUCCAGCAGUUAAUCAUUGGCUUCCUCUCUCUAAGUUUGUGAGCUCUCGACUCUAUGAUUAGCAACAAAGUUUAAAAACCCAGUGAGAGGACUCAGGUGUUGUACACCCAUCAGCGCUACAUCACUCGAUGAUUUAUGAUGCUCGAGUGGAGGCGUAGAUUAGCACUUCUGCCGUUGACACCCAAAAGUAAGUAUUGCAGGGAAGAUUAACUUGUGCAGUGAACAGUUCAGAAGUACACCAGGAAAGGGAAGCGCCCACAAGGCAAAUGGUGGCUCAUUGUUGCUAAGGAACUGUUCCCAGGCUUCUGUCUCAGUUACAGCGAGGCAAGCUGUCGUUAUGUUUGCCUCUCGAGAAAUGGGAAAGGACAAAUGAAAUGUGAGGCAGAGUGUGAGAGAUGGACAUGUACACAGAAAAGCUUAACAAACAACCUGUUAGAGAAAUAUACACAGGCAAGACCAAGAAAAACAAACACAUUUUUAGGACAAGGGACCGAGAAUUGUGGAAAAACUCAGAGCCUGUUUAUCUUAUUUGACUUCUUGUGCAAAUCUGUUCUUGUUUGUACAUACACCCUAUAUAAAAGAUGCUAUUGGAUCAUUUUGCUUCAAUUCACUAAAUGCCCCAUGCACAAAGUAAAAAUAAAUAAAUCUGACAUAAACACAUGACUUCUUAUAUUAAUACUUUGAAUAAAAUUAUUUGAAGGAGUAUGAGUUGGAAAACUGGGAUUUUUGAUUUUGCCCAGUAUAAACAUUGUACAACGCUUCUACCUGGGACACUAUUUGAGUGGUUUCACCAUAAUACCUGCUUAAUGCAUGUUCCAAUGUUGGCCAUAAAUACAUUUUGUGUCAUAAAAUAUGCCUCUGACCAUACUCUACGUUUUUAAAAUUCUGAUUGAUGCCGAUCAGAGGAAAAAAAAUCAACCUCAUAGAUUGAACAAUAAAGUUUUAUGGUGGGUAUUUUAUCAAAGCAGGGUUGUACCCAUGAAGUCCAUAUGCACACAUCGAUGAUCCUGCAAAAUUUCAGGACUGUAGCUACAUUGUUUCUGAAGGCUCUUCAAACAUUGAUCUACUGAUUGGCGAAAAAAUCGACAUACGCCACCCCUCCUGAAGAAUUUUUAUCUCAAUAACUAACCUUACCUAUAACUCAGAUUUUACUUGAUAUCACAUGCAUGCACAGAAAAACAAUAAGAUGAGUAUGAGAUGGUCUAUUGUGAACUUUUUGUUUUAUGUGAUGAACAUAAAAUAAGUUGGAAUGAAUCUUUUAUGAUCCUGAAGUAGUCUGUCCCAUUUCCACUCCUUAGCUCAGCUUAUAGAGAGCUUUGGUUUCAAGCCACAUGCAAACGUCCUCCACAGGCUCCCGCUGCGACCUUGCCUGGAAGUUUACAACAUCUAAACUGACAUCGAUUGUAAUAUUUUAUUAGCACGUUUCAUUAUUAACAUGCCCUGUUCCAUUGUAUGUUGAAGUUGUUGAAUGAAUUGAUGGUUGCAUCAACAGUUUAAAUGGGGACACAGAGAAACAUGUGGGUGUAUGUGUGCAUGAAGCUGUUAACCUCCAAGCCCUAAUCCUCACAGCAACAGCUCAGGCAGCCCGAUCCUGGUGAGCUUGAUGGGGGUAGUGAAACCCUCAGCGCUUAGGCUUUCUCAUCACACACACACACACACACACACACACACACACACACACACUCACACACCACCAUGCAUACAUACCAUCAUAUGGGAGCAUUCAAUUGCCGAAAUUUCUCUCUCACGUAUAAAUAGACAGAUGCUUACACAACCUCACGUUUUCUUCCAGCGCUCAGGCUGCCUGAGUGCUGUCAGGUCGCUCUGACCUGUAUGCAUUAGUGAGUGAGCCACCGGAUCUCUCCUGCCUCUUCUCACCUCUCUGCCGCUCUCACUUUCCCAAUAGCACUUAUUUCUCUCAUGGGGUAAAUGAAUAAAAGAAAGACGAGAGAGAGGAGUUUGAUUACUAAGUGGUUACUCUACAUUAAUUUUUCCGUUCUUAUCGUGGAUGAAGUAUAAGGAAGUAAUACAGAUGUUUCAAGUUUUAUUUUCCCCUUGUCACUGUUCUCUUCCUUUUCUUUGGUCUCUGUCUAACACUAUCUAGGACAAGCAUUAGAAAAGCACAUUGGUAAUCACAGCUUUUUAUCAUCUCUCACUGACAGCCUACGCAGCAAGAUGUCUUAGAAAAGGACUGAGAAAAUAUCUAUUUUCUUUCGCGUGAAACUGGAAACGGUGUCUAUUCCAGUAGGAUUGUUUGCCUUUUCAUUUUUGCAUGAUUGGGUUUAAGUUGAAGGUGCAGCUGUUCAGACAGGGUGAGCUGUUUGAAAUUGUCAUGAUGCAGGGCAUCUGUCAUCUUGUCAUAGAUCUGGAUGAUGUGCGACUGUGAUGUGAGCUAAUGUUCCAGGAAGGGAGAGAGAAAGGAAGUGAGAAGAAAUGAAGAAAAGGCAGAAAGAGAAAAGCUGAGACCGAAAGAGACAAAAAGGUUUUACAUGUGCAUAAUUUUGUUCUUAAUGUGUGAGUGUCAGAUUCAGCCACAGCAUUUGUGUGUGAUGUGCAGACACGCACGCACGCACACGCACACACAUACACGCGACAGAUGACGCAUCGUAAGCUUCGCCCAGCAAGGAUUCAGUUUGUAUCCCAGGUUUGGCAUGUUCAGCUAAGAGGCACUAAUGCUGCUUAGAACUACUUAGGAAAAUGGGGACACUCUCUGCUUCUCAUUCAGUUCUCCCUGCCACCCAUGCCUUCGUUUUUAUAAUGUUUUCAGUUUUUUAAAGUAAUUCCUGAUGCAUUGCUUAUAGGAUUAUUAGGCCUACUCCUAUAAUCAGCCUAAUUUGCCUACUUGCACACGUUGCACACACUGAAAUCUUCAGACUUUCUCUUUCCCCCUCUUUGUUGCUUCCACACAGACAUACUGUAAGACAGCACACACACACACACACACACGCACACGCACACGCAUAGAGUAACCAAUUUUCUACGUUACAGCAUCCAGCUGGGCAUUUAAACGAAGUAAUUCAUAAUGAAGUGUCUCUUCUUUUCUAAGGCUCGGCAGCAACAACAUGGAAAUCCCAAACUGAUGACAGUUGUUACUAAUUCAUCAACUUCAAAGAGGAACAAUUUCAAGUGAACUUGUUUCUCCUUGGGAACCUGAGCCAUAAAAUUACAUUACCAAACAAAGAACAGAUUGCUCUGCAUAAAUACCUUAGUGUGGUUUUCAUCCAUGUAUCAUUCCUUCUUUUCAUAACCAAUUUAGAAAUAGAACAUCAAAAUCAAAUUUGGUCCACUGCCCAGUUUUUCAUUUCCUGUUUUGAACUUUAACAUAAAAUUGAAAGUACAAAUAACAGGCUGCUCUUUUUUGUUUUGUGUCAUAAAUGUAUCGUAAAAUAAUUUUUUAUUUUUAUUUUUUUUGGUUUUCUGGCUUUGGGUUUUCAAUUGAAUAUGAAAAGAGAAAUGAUACACAGAUUGUCUUACUUGUGACUUUUAUUCACUGUUCACCAUGGCCUACAUAUCUUUCUAAAUAUAGCAUACUUGUAAAGCAUAUACUGUACACUGCUGCAUAAUGUCCAUAUGGAAAUCUUUUUGGAUUCGCUGCCAACCAAGAACAAAAGACGAUUCCACCUUGGAGAGAAUGUGUGAAUAUCCCGCAGUGGCUUGCUCCACAUUUAUUCUAAUUCACUGUGUAGAAAAAAAAGAAAAAAACUAAACCUAACAUGGCAGGAGAGAUGCCCAUCAUGUGUCUAGCUUUUAUUAAUACAGUCAUAGUCACAAUAUAAAGCCAGCUUAUUGUCAUAUUAUAUAUGUGAGGAAGUGUAGAAAUGGUUUUAAAUAGUCAGAAGUCAAUGCUUUCUGAAUUAUGUAAAUAAAAUAAGGAUGAUUAAAGUCUAGUUUGUCAGAAAGGGAGGAAUUGAACAGCUAUUUUAGCUUUUGGAAUGAAAUACUUAGUCCUAAUUAAAUGCCUUUGUUCUCUUUGUGGAUCAUAGAUUAAGUGUUACAUGUUUGAUUCUUUUUUAAAAAACAGAAUUUCAAGCUAAAAUCAUAAAUUAACUGUACUCAUAUUUAGUAUCCAACCCAAGACAACAGUUGGCAAACUAAUGAAGGAAGUGAAAUUACCAGCUGUAAUCUUAUUUAGGUAUUAAAAACAGCAUGAUGAUGUCUGUCAUGCAGUUUGCCAAGUUGCUUGGAUGUUGUGAAGUUAAUAUUCUCAUAGCACUCGCAGUCGGAACAUUCCUGGUUUGGAGGUUUAAAGUAGUAAGCUCGGUGUUUCUUAUGACAUCCACUAAUGCAGCUGGUGCUUGUGAUGCUGCUCAGCGCCGCAAUGUUCUUAAAUCUGCCUUCAUCUGGCUCUGUGUGUAUUUUUGUCAUGUAUUUUGCAAAUGAAACUUACUGUGUUGCCAUGCUGCCAAAGGACUAAAUCUCAGCUGGAGACUGUGGUGUUAACAUGACAGUUUAAGUAAGUAGAUUUAUAAACUAAACAUCUGAUCUUGCCAAGCAGUUGCAAGGCUUGAAUGAAGUCUGACUUCAAUUUGCCAAUGUUUGUUCAAGGGUUUCAUCAGACACAAGAAAGAGAAAGAAGGACUUGAGGAAAUGAUGGGUACUGAGGGAGGAUAGUAAUAGUAUAAAACAACUGCUAUAAUUUAUUCACAUCCCUAAAACCCAUAUCCCAUAUGCGUCCCCAUGGGUUCAUCUCCAACUGUGUCAGAACAAAUUCUGAGCUUUAUUAUGCAUUCAUUUAUUACAUUUGUUGAGCAGGAAGUUUGUAGCUUACACAGACACAAGAUGCCCCCUCUUUUCUCACAGAUAUUAUUCAGUAUACUCCAAACGGAGAUGGCAGAAAAAUCCCUUAUAGUCAAAACACAGACUAUUUCUUUGGGCUAAAGACCUAAUUUUCACUCAGUCAUAAUCCACACUGUGUUGAAUGGUGAGUCUGUACAGAUUCUGUUGCUUCUUGAUAUCUGUAAAAUAGCAGUAAAUGGGGUGUAAUUGUAAUUUUGACAAAACAUAUUCAUUUUUGACCUGCAUGUAAAAGCUAACUUAAAUCCUGCUGGGUUUAAAAGCAGAAGCCCUUAGGGAAAUAUUUUAUCAUUUUGGGUCUGAAUGGAAAGAUAAAAUCUGUGUGAAUGACAAUUUACUAGGGGGGAAAAAGAGAGUUUAUUACGAUGUCUAAUACAUUUAAACAACACUACUCCCGCCGUCACCGUUUAUCAAAAUUUUAAUUAGAAACGCAAGGCCCAGGGUGUAGCCAUAUCCAUGUAAAUCCACAUAAAUCACAGUAAUUAUCUCUAAGACUUGUCUGUUAUCCUUGAGUUGUAGCAGAUAGCUGUGUUGGUUCAAUUGACUCAAAGUAAAAGAAACUGUUUUCUUUAGAUUUUUUUUAAUCUUUCAUUCUUGUGUCUAUGGCUUUACACUACAUAUCCAGUAAUUGAGUAUUGUGUAUAUUAUUUCUAUACAUAUUUUUAUGCAGCUUGAAUGCUUAUUGGAUAAAGUCGUGUUUAGAGAUUUAUUUGUGUGGAUUAACAUGAUUCACACAAUUAUUAGACAGCUUCAUUUCUUCAGGUUAAAACAAAGAGAUUUUACGAACAUAAAUAUUUGUAAAAUACUUUUCAGAUGGAUGCAACGCUGUUGAAAUAGCUGAAUUAUUGAUGCUUGCCCACCAGACAUCAAACAUUUUGCAGCAAAUAGACAGCAGGAAUGCAUUGAGAAGAAAAGGUUCAAAAUAACUGCAAAGGACUGCAGAGAGCUUCAGAGAAAGUAAACAUGCCAGAAGUUCCAUUGACUCCAUUAUCCUCCAGUGCUACUGAACUGCAGAACUCCAGCUUAGCUGGAGAGUCCAGAAGUAUAUGGUGUGAAGUGCUCAGAGACAUGACUUAGGUAAAGAAGGCUGAUACAAGACCACCAUUGAAGUGUCGAGAUUCGGCAAAGAAAUAUCUGGGGACAGAUCUUCAAAGGUGUCAGGGACAGAUGAAAUGAAAGCCAGUGGAUGGACCAGAUUAAUUAGUCUGAGACCGGAUCACUAAUGGACCCCACUGUGAGUCAGAAACCAGCGGGUUAGAGGAGAGGUAUUGAUAUUGGCUGCCGUCACUAUGAGCCUGGAUGAGCUAGUUGGGCCUUUUUCAGAGUGGAGAUAUAAAGACGGACUGAAAGUCAACUCAAAAACCUCCUGCCAGUUUCUAGGCAGUAGUUUCUUCAAGCAAUAGUGCAGGAAGUAGUAAACAGCAUUCAAGGAAAAUUUGCCAUUACAUGCAUCUGUGUAAAGUACUACUAGGCUAGCCAACAAGAUCCCAUCUGACUUAAAAUGUAAGAUUCACAGUGAGUGAAGGCAGCAUACCUCUCUGAUUAGCAUUUGGAAAGGUGUGGUUGCCACUUUUGCUGGUGUACAAAUCUGACAAACUCAGCAUGCAGGAUGAAUAUUCAUUGCAUACUUUUAAAGGGCCAAAAGUGUCAUUUAAUUGCCACUUUAUGCUUCUUAAUUGUGACACUUCAAAAAGUGAAUAUAUGGAAUAUUUUAAUAACCUAUCAAUUUUGAAUAUUUAUAUAUUCCUGUGAGAAAGUCAAAAUUCACUUUUUCUCUGCUAAACAUUCAGGGUUGAGGUUCUGUAAUAUUUUGGAUUUACUGAGUGCAUCCUAAAUAUUACAAUAAAAUGAAUCCUGAAGAAUACAAUUUGCCUAGUAAUUGUGCAUGCAGUGUAGAAUCUUAUAUUUUCAGGACAUUUGAAUGGUCUCGUUCAAAUUCUUGUUUUGACUUAGACAUCUCUUGGUUUUCAAGUGACAGCAAAUAAUACCCUCAACUCCAACUUCUUCCUGUUUGCGGCUGACUUUCCGCUGCUGAAGCUCAUUUGAACUUUGUUUUGACUCAAAUGUCUCUGGACCUGUUAUGUGCAUUGACUAUACUUUGAUAAACUUGUGACUCUCCU